AUGUUCCAAUUUCAGUACGGCGCCGGAGGCAGAUCGAAUCAAUUAGCGGCAUCAGCACCUCGCGUCAAGCUGCGAAGGGCUUGCCAACAGCAACAGCAUCAUCAACAUUACCAACUUGCUCAGCGGCCCUUCGUCUCGACGUCCGCGAAUUGCCGCGGCGAUGAGCCGCGGCCCAGAACGAUGCCGGCGAAGCCGGCCACCAGGAUCAGCGACAAUCCCAAGGGCAGUCUCAAGCAGCGAUCGGCGAUGGUCACGUCGACGGCCUCGGCGUUGCCCAGCAACGUCACUCGGCACUUUGUCAGGACCAUGAACGGCGGUUACCUCAACAACCCGGAGUCGCCGUACGUCAGCCACCAUCAGCAGGCCAUCCGCGACUACCUGAACCAGACGAUGCCGUUGCCGGCGCAACGACACUUGCGAGCGCGAGAUCGAGCGAUCUACCAGGCCACCGGUGGCAGGAAUAACCUCGUUGACAGAUCGUGCACCGUCGCCGCGGACGUCGGCACGACCGGCGAUCAUCGUCGUGCUGCACGUGGUCAAGGUGGCAGGUUGCAGCAGAGGCAUAGCGUCGACGCCGGCUGCAUAGACCAGCGGAAGUUGUCCUCCACGUGCGACAGGUCGAAGUUCUUGGACAGUAGCAGCCAGAGGCACGGCGUGAUAGCCGCGUCCGUCUACAAGGAGCUCUGCAAUGGGUCUAUCGGGUG